CCAUUCCGGUUCCACCUCCUCCUCCGCUCGUCUCCUUUCGACAGCGGCCACUCCCGCCAUGGCCACCGCAGCGCGCGCCGUCGCCGCCGCCGCGCGCCCGGUGCACCCGGUGUUCCUGUCGCGGCGCCUCCCCUGCCCCUCCGCGCGCCCCGCGCGGCCUCGCGUCGGCCGCGCCGUCCGCUGCAUGGCGCGGCGGCCCGACGCCUCGUACUCGCCGCUGCGGCCGGGGCAGGGCGGGGACCGCGCGCCCACGGAGAUGGCGCCGCUCUUCCCCGGCUGCGACUACGAGCACUGGCUCAUCGUCAUGGACAAGCCCGGCGGCGAGGGCGCCACCAAGCAGCAGAUGAUCGACUGCUACAUCCAGACCCUCGCCAAGGUCGUGGGGAGCGAGGAGGACGCGAAGAAGAGGAUCUACAACGUGUCCUGUGAGCGUUACUUUGGGUUUGGGUGCGAGAUUGACGAGGAGACAUCCAACAAGCUGGAAGGCCUCCCGGGUGUUCUUUUUGUGCUUCCUGAUUCCUAUGUUGAUGCUGAGAACAAGGACUAUGGCGCCGAGUUGUUUGUGAACGGAGAAAUCGUCCAACGAUCACCGGAAAGGCAGAGAAGGGUGGAGCCGGUGCCUCAGAGAGCUCAAGAUAGACCGCGUUACAGCGACCGGACUCGCUAUGUGAAGCGUAGGGAGAACCAGGCCUACCAACGGUGACAUGCCCCCGUCGGUGCACCGCAAGCGCCCCACUGCUAUCGCUCUUGCCCUAGAUAUAGCAACUGCUCCACGCCCGAAAUGCCCAUCGUCGUCUUUGCUGCAUUGUAGCCACGCCAUAUCUGGGCGUUUAUUUUCUUCAUUCACGAACUGUAGGUUAAGAACUGCAUGUACUACUAUAAGUGAGUUGUUUUGGUAACGGUAUCUUGGUUUGCGGCGGAAAGAGUAAAAGAAGUUGUAAGAGAGCAUUUAAACUUGAUGAACUCUCCUUGCUCUGUUUC